AUGACCCCCAAGCCACUGCAGGAAGCGACCUGGGCUGUCCAGGGCCAAGGUAGUGGUGAGGUCUCGGACCUUGGCCACGCCCCCCCUGACACCCACAGCCAGCCCAGGGACAACCACCAAGCCGCAGAAAGAAGGGUCCUGGGUUCCCAAGCUGGGGUGGGCAGUGCCCACCGCUUGGCCCCACCCUUCUGGGCCAAGGAAGCCACAGCCGUGGCUAAGAUGGAGGAGCUGAGCCUGGAAAACUUCUUUGCCAGGAGGGACAAGAAGAAGAGGAAGGACUGGAGCAGCCAGGUGGUAGGCCCCAGCAGGAGCAGUGGGGUCCUGGGCAUAGUGGCUGUCAGGGUGUGUACAGUGGCCUGGCUGGGUGCUGGAGAGACUGUGGGCAUCAUCAAGGCAGUGAAGAAGGAUGAAGAUGAGUGGAAAGAAUCUCAACAAAAAGAGUUUGAUUACAGCGGCCUCAGGGUCCAGGCAAUGCGAAUAAGUGAGAAGGAAGAAGAUGAUAAUAAAAUGAGAGAAGAUCCAGGUGAUAACUGGGAAGAAGGUGGUGGUGGUGGUGGUAAAGAAAAAUCUUCAGGUCCCUGGAAUACAUCAGCUCCACUAUAAACUCCUCUUGCUCCAGAAAUUGUUACAGAAACCCCAGUGACUAGUGGUGUGGAUAGGCCUCCUGGGGCCAAGUUCACCACAACAAGGAAAACAGCACAAGGACCACCAGAAAUAUACAGCGAUACACAGCUCCCACCUCUGCAUGUAGAAAGCCAGAAGUACUGA